CAGACAUCUGUUCUGAGCCGAGAGGAGAGCAGCGGCAGCACCUCAGCCUUUUUCACUGUAACAUUACUGUAUGAGAGAGUGGACCGACGAACACCGCCUGCUCUACGGUGUAGAUACAUUAAAUAGACUUAUUUGUCUUUACUGUAGGUGUUUCAUUUGGUAGUGUGCUGCAGCUCUUCACAAUGACCGCCCUGUCGCUGCUUUUGAUAGCCGUGUCGGCCGCAUCUGCACUGGCCGAGUCCUCUGUGUAUUGGCGAGAGCAAUUUGAAGAUGGAGAUGCCUGGAAGAGUCGCUGGGUGGAAUCCAAGCACAAGUCAGACUACGGCGAGUUGGUCCUGACUGCAGGGAAGUUCUACGGAGAUGCAGAGAAAGACAAAGGUCUGCAGACGAGCCAGGACGCCCGCUUCUACGCCUCCUCAGCCCGUUUCGAUGACUUUAGCAACCAGGGCGAGCCUCUCGUCAUCCAGUUCUCUGUGAAACACGAGCAGAGCAUCGACUGUGGUGGAGGCUACAUUAAACUGUUCCCCUCCGGCGUCAACCAGGAGGAGAUGCACGGAGACUCCGUCUACAACAUCAUGUUCGGUCCUGACAUUUGUGGCCCUGGCACAAAGAAGGUUCACGUCAUCUUCAACUACAAAGGCAAGAACCAUCUGAUCAACAAAGACAUCAGAUGCAAGGAUGACGAGUACUCCCACUUGUACACACUGAUUGUCAACCCUGAUAACACUUACGAGGUCAAGAUCGACAAUAAGAAGGUCGAGUCCGGUGUUCUGGAGGAGGACUGGGACCUUCUGCCUCCCAAAAAGGUUAAGGACCCUGAAGCCAAAAAGCCGGAGGACUGGGAUGACAGCGAGCAGAUUCCCGACCCUGAAGAUCAGAAACCAGAGGACUGGGACAAGUCUGAGAACAUCCCAGAUCCUGACGCCAAGAAGCCCGAUGACUGGGAUGAAGAGAUGGACGGAGAGUGGGAGCCGCCGAUGGUCUCUAACCCUGAUUACAAGGGGGAGUGGAAGCCCAAAGAGAUCAAUAAUCCUGCCUACAAGGGCAAGUGGACCCACCCCGAGAUUGACAACCCGGAGUACACGGCCGAUUCUGAGAUCUAUAAAUACAACAGCAUCGGCGUGAUUGGACUGGACUUGUGGCAGGUGAAGUCUGGCACCAUCUUCGAUAACUUCCUGAUCACCAACGACCCAAACCUGGCAGAGGAAGUCGGCAACGACACAUGGGGCAAAACUAAGGACGCCGAGAAGAAGAUGAAGGAAAGCCAAGAGGAGGAGGAGAGAAAGAAACGUGAGGAAGAUGACAAGCAGAGGAAAGACGAGGCGAAGGAGGAAGAGGAGGAAGAGGAGAAGGAUGAGGAGGGAGACGAAGAAGAGGAGGAGGAGGAGGAAGAGGAGGAGGGAGAUGAAGAAGAGCAGGAGGAGGAAGAAGAGGACGAUGAAGGCACAGACUCUAAACUCAAGGAUGAGUUAUAAACUCCAUGCAGGAACUGACUGUCUGUGUCAGCGAGACUGAUGAGAAGAUCCACCCUCAUGUCACCCUGGGGGGGGGGGGGGGGGGGGGGGGGGUUCAUUGUUUGUUUACAAUUCAAGGGAGGUGAAAAAAGGGUAAUUAAUGUUCUGUUUCCAUGUGCUACUACUACUACUAUUAUUAUUAUAUUAUUAUUAUUAUCAUAAAACGAGGACUAGUAAUAGAAAAAAUGAAGAUGUCAUAACGAAUGUCAAGACAGGAAAUCCAAUCCAUCAGUUUAUACCCAAAAUAAAUAUAUAAAUUGUCAUUUGUGUUCUUCGAAAAAUCUGUUUUUUAUUUGAUGAAGUAGUGACAUGAAAAGUAAUGUUUGGUCUGUGGAUGAUGCCAUGAAGAUGUUUUGUUUACCUCAUGUGUUUUGUCUUUUAAUAAUCUGUCACAUGUUUUUUUUCUUUCUUAACUCUUUUGCAGUCAUGUCUCAUCGGCCCCCCCCCCCCUCCUUUUUAAAGAAAGGAUUUGUUAUUGUUCGACAUCAUUACGCAGGUUACCUGCUCUUAUUUAAACUUCCUGAUUCAAACGAGGGUUCUUGAGAUAAGAUAUUUAACAACCCGAUGAAGAAGGCCGUCGACCAUCGGACGGUAGCACGGGGUGCGUUCAGAUGAAAUCCCUUGCGUGGUUUUGUACUGUAUAGUUAACACUUUUUGACUUCAAUGCACAUACUGUAGUCUUGUGUGUCUAAAUAAAACUGUGCUGAAACUCGUGUUCAUUGAGAGCGCUCCAGUAGCAGGUAAGCUUUCGUUCACUUUGGGUUUACUUGUAGUACACAAACGGUUUCUUUUGUUUCUGAUUCGAAUAUCUCUGCACUGCUGUACCCCCCCAACGCUCUGUCCCAACACAGUCUGAGAGAUGAUCCUUUUGUAAAAGACACAUUUUGUACUAAUGGUAGUAAUUGAAGUGGGAAGAUUUUCAUGUUGCUGUGAAAAAAACAAAACAAAGACGGGUGUUCUGUUCAAUAAAAUCAACCAGUAGAAAACGG